AUGGGUUCGAUUUUGGGGAAGCAGCGUUGGUAUUUCCGUCUGCCUUACGAUAAGAUCCGCGAAGUUCACCGUAGACGCUAUCUCCUCCAACAGACUGCCUUGGAGGUAUUCAACUGCGAUGGCUGCAACUUUCUCCUGGUAUUUGCGAAAGAUCUGCGAAAUAAGGUUUUUGAUAGUUCAGUCACAAAGCUCCACGAAUACAAGGUGGUUUAUGUAAAGCACCGCCUCGCUCUGAUCUUUUCCUACUCCGCUGCCAUCCAUUGGUCCUGGAAUUGUGUUCAGGAACAGUCCUCUGCCCUGGAUGCUUUAUUUGAAUUUGAUGAGAGUCGAUGA